AGAACAUACAGAGCCUGUUCAUCCGUCUUGUUAUAGUGAUUAGCUAGCCUAGCACGAUUGAUUGUAACGUUAAUUUGAGAAUGACGCAUCGAAAAUGUAACUCGACAUUGCCGUCGUAUAUCGUCGCGAAAACAGCUUUUUAUGCAUUUCUGUAGGAACUGGGCAAGCUUACAUUUUCCCGCUUUUUUAAAGAGCAACUUUCAAGUUAAUUAUAUAACUUCAUUUAUACAGAAUAGUGUAGGAAAAUGUCAAUUUCUUAAGACUUUCAAGAAUACAUAUGUUUUACAACACCCACGGCCAGAAAAGUAAGAAGAAAGUGCCUACUCUAAGCUAAAGUUAGGCUCCCAAAACCCGCCCUUUUCCCGGAGAACGCAUCACAUGACGCAACGACAGGCAAACAUCUGUGCUGCUGCCCUUGUUCCCAGUGUGGGUUUAAGUAGUCUGAGCAGUGGUUUGAGUUGUCACAAUGGUGAAUUCCUGUGUUUGUUUUGGAUGCAACAACUCCAACUUGUCUGGUCAUCGGGUCCACCGAUUUCCAAACAAGAAAAACAAAAAAUUCCAUGCUUGGAUAAGUUUCGUCCAGGCAAAGAGAAGCAAUUUCGCUGCCUCCUCGGUGACAAAACACACGGUGGUAUGUGAAAAACACUUCACACCGGACAGCUACAACCAAGGAGAUGUUAUGGAAUGUCGCAUGGGAUUUCGAGGAAGAGAGACGGUUAGGCUGGCAGAUGGGGCUGUGCCAUCAGUGCAUGCAAAUCCAAAAUCUGGCUGGAGUGAAGAGUCUGAAGUUAACGUUAGCACUAGCAGAGAAUCAGUGCACCGAAAGCGGGAACUUUGCACAGAUACAGACUCCAAGGUGUCAGAAAUAUGUAUCAUCCAAGGUUGCAACAGAACUGAAGAACUCCUGAGUUUCCCUAAAGACCCAUCAACUCUGCAGCAGUGGAUGGCUCUUCUUGACGGCAGACUGAAGCAUCCAGUGAAUUCUUCGAGCACAGUGUGCAGCGUCCACUUCACUCCUGACUGCUUCACGAACUGGCAGCAGAAACAGUCCGGUGUGGCUGCCAUCUUAACGCUCAAGGCUGAUGCCCUGCCAUCACUCUUUAUGGAUGAUCGGAGCAAGGGGGUGCAGGGGUAUUCACCACGAACACGGAAUGUGGACUGCCAGUGUGAUAUUGGAAUGUGGACUGCCAGUGUGACACAGAGAUCAGUUGGAACUCAGUUGUCCAAAGGCACUCUUCUCCAUGUACGCAGCAAAGCCAUUCAGACUCCUGCAGUCACACAUAUCUCCCUUGGCGAUGAUAUGGACUUCCUGUUGCACCCUCCAAAAAACAUCACUUUGAAAGAAUCAGGAAAUCCAAAAAGAAGCUCUUCCUACGUGCUAGGGAUGCAACAGUACACGGUGACCACGGUUCGGAAGGGCCUGAUGGCGGGUGUCGUCGUGAACGUUGCUAGUCUGCUACAGCUGUUCCAGAAGUGCCUCAAAUGCUGCAGUGAUGCCUGCAGCGUUGCUACGGAACGCAAGGGACUCCUCUUCCACGUGGUACAGCAGUGCUGGGGCUGUGGCAACACCAGGAACUGGGCGAGCCAUCCUCCAGACCACACACCCUCUGACCAGCAGCUCACAGACCAUGACACUUUAGAGAUGGCAGAGGAGCCAGAGGGGAGGGCGUUCAAGGACACAUGCAUGGAGAUUACUGGGGAGGAGGUGGCGGAGGACGAAGAGGAGGAUGAAGAGGAGGAGGAUGAAGAAGAGGAGGAGGAUGAGGAAGAUGAGAAACAACAAAAAAGAAAGAGGAAAAGAAGGGACAGUGAUGAAGAGUGGACUCCAAAUUUGACAGAGAUCUUAGAGGCAUCAGAUGAGGAGUCUGAAGGUGUUGAUGAAGAGGAGGAGCAUGUUCUCCAGGUGGAGUGGUGCUGUGACUGUGGAGAGGAGGGAAGGCCCCGCUGCUUCAAGCAGAAACACCUGCAGCUCUACUGCUGCGCUAAGUGCGGCUACAGGGACGGUGACCAGGAGCUGGACUGCACAGACGGCCAACAAACCCAACGCACCCUCAGCCCAGAGGCCCCUACUGCUGCAGACCAAGAGAGCUCUUGUGAUGUUAGCCAAGCAGCUGAGCGCGCAUGCAGCCCAGACGCCAACAGCAAUAACAAACAAACUGCUUCCAGUGAUCGUUGUGAAGAUUCAAAUGGCAUUAGCAAUCAAGGGGUCAUAAACUGUGAUAAGCUGCAUAAAACCAGAAAUGGCAACCAAGGAUCAAACAGCAAUGGUGGGCCAUGGGUCAAUGGUGCUGAGUUAAACAGCAACAGCCACAGAGUCUGUAGCGAUCCAAAACAGGGUUCUGUGAGCAGCAGUGACCAAGGAGGCACCAGAAAUGAAAGCCCAGAAGACACCAGCAGUAGAAAUCAGGGCGGUAACACUGCAUCUCAAGUCGAGUCGUCGAACAGCUGCCACCUGGAAACUAGUGCAGCAAAUGAGGAGAGACGGAACCCUCCAAAAUAUGCCGUCUACUUCAGUGAUCUGUACAGCCUGCAGAACCAUGUGGAACACUCGCAUGGCCAUAAACGUGAGCUUUGUCCAGACUGUGGCAGAUUCCUCUUCAGGCGCGACGGCCGGACACCGCACGUCUGUGAUCACAAAGUGAAGCCGUUCUCGUGUCUGACUUGUGGGAAGCGCUGCAUCAACGAGACAGGCCUCCGGCUGCACAGUCAGCUGCACACUGAGGACCGUGGGCUUUCCUGCCAAUACUGCUACGAGAAGUUCAGGUUUCAGGAAGACAAGCAGGAGCACGAGAAGACCCACCAGGGGGAGAGCCUGAAGUACCGCUGCUCCGAGUGCCCCAAACGGUUUGCAGAUCGCUUUCGUCGUGGUGCUCACAGGAAGACUCACUGGAAACAUGGCAGGUUCUUCUGCAAAGUUUGUAACAAAGGCUUCCCUAAGCUCUCUGAACUCCAAAGGCACGAGGUGGUACAUACAGGACUGAAGCCCUUCAGCUGUGAGGUCUGUGACAUGUCCUUCAACCAACGAGGACAUCUUAAGUCCCACAUGCGCCUCCACACAGGGGAGAAACCUUUCAAGUGCCAUGACUGUGGGCAGUGCUUCAACCACAACGUCAGCCUCAAGAACCACAUCCAGCGUAAACAUGGACCAGGAGCUGGGGGGGGGGGGGGAUGACUGGACCAAAGAAACUGGGUGACCAAAAAGAAUAGGUGCUAUUGGAUUCAACAGGGAAAAGCAAAUGGUCAGCAUUUAGUCAUUAUGUCUUUAUGAUUGUGCCUUGUGGCCACCUUCAUUUCUGUAAAGUUGUAAUACAUGUUUUUUUUUCCUUCAUCUUGGUUGAGUUUGGAUAACUAGGUGAAAGUAGAACCGUUGUGAGUGUUUGAACAGUACUUGAUGUAUAUUGUCCCCGUUGGGACAUUUGUUCUGAGCUUCAUCCUGCAAUUCCACAAAAUAUACAUAAAGACAGAAACCUCUCACAUACAGCACACCCACAGUUAAGUAUACAGAUAUCACUGAUGUGAUAUACACACAUACACUAUUACUGAUAAUGUUGACCCUUUGCACAGUCCCACAUGGCUAACAAACAUCAUUACAUCAAACUUAACGCCCUCAUAUACAGCAAUUAAUAAAAAAAAAAUUGGUUAUA